UCGGAGGCACGUCCACAUCUGGGAGGGGCGUCGUUACCGAGACCGCGCUGAGCCAGUCGGCGGUUGGGAGGCAGCGGGGUUUGGCUCGGGCGCUGAAGGCGAAGCGUUUCCUCCGCUUGGGAGAGAGCGGCUCUACUGAGAUGCGCAGGGCUCCGACGCAGCGGAGGUCGCGAGGGUGCUGGUGAAUAACAAUUGGCACGAGGAGCCGCCGCGAGAGAGGGGGGCUUCCAACAGGAUGCCCGCGAAUUUCCGCACGUUUUCUUAAUUGACGGCUUCGUUACCCCAAAGCCCUCUUCGUUUUUGCGGUCUGGCGCAGGAAAUGUGUAAUUUUUUUAAUUUUUAUUUAUUUAUUUUCAUUUCUCAGCGUUGUUUUUGCAAAAGAGGACCGCGGAGACCUCCCAAGACAUCGGUCAUGCUCACUGGCUCCUGCUGAUGGUACCCUGUGUCCUGUGAUCCAGUACUCACCCGCCCUUAUCUACUGCUAACUUGCCAGAAAUGCAACUCGCUUCACACCUCAAGACAACACAUGGCAGCAAGGUGAGGGCGUGGCUGGGAGAGUGAGUCGUAAAGUCCCCAUAAUUACAUCACAUGGAAGUCAAAGGACAGCUGAUCACAUCCAUGGGUUUGGGGGCUCCUGAUGUUCAAGGCUGCCAGGACGGCAAGCUGCAGGCUGAGAGGCUCACGGCUCUGCAGGAGAGAAAGCAGGCCCUGGAGGCUCUUCUCCAUGCCAGAGUGGGAGAGCUAAAACAAGUGUGUCUGCAGGAAGCAGAGCUGACUGGGAAGUUGCCAUGCAUUUUCCCUCUGGAGAUAGGAGAGAAACCCCCACUGGUGCAGCGCAGAGCUGGCCUGGCGCCCAGCACCAGGCUGGAGGAUGACUCUGCCCAGAGAAAGCAGAUGAAAGCCAUCAUCGCUGGUGCUCUGUACAGAAACUCAGAAUCCGACCGAAACGGCCCAAACAGCAAGAGGACGGUGCAUCGGGGAUGUCACACAGGUACAGAGGACACAGUAAUGUCAGAAAGCACCAGCUCGAUGUCAGAUUCAACAUCUCACGACAAUGAGUCUUCGCCCAGUGUGGCAGCUGACCAACGCUCUCUGUCUCAGCCCCGGCUCACCGUGGGCAGCCCCGAACACAGAAUCAGUAGGAAGCUGUCUCCAGUGGAUAUUUACUAUGAGAUGAGGACGCGCCGCAACUCAGUCACAAGCUCUGUUAGCCCCACUCACUCUUUACCUAGAAGUGCUUCUAACAUUGAAGGUAGAAGUGUUCCGGCAACUCCUCUAUUGGCCCGAACCGCUCCAAUAAGCGUUCACGUGAGGUCCGAUGCAUCUGGAGCCAAUGGGCUGAAGCAGUGGUCUGGCAGCCUGGAUGUGCCAUAUAUGAUUCCGCUGGCUCAAGAAGGCUCCUCUUCUGACCGCAGGAGCUGCCCGUACAGUUCCAGAGCGCGGCGCAGCAACAGUUCCGAGGCCCUGCUGGAUCGAUCCAGCCUCCCAGACGAUCCCGCACCCAGAAAUGGAAUGCCACAGAGAGGAGGGCCCUACAAGAGCUCAGAGACACUGACUGAUGGCAAACUGCGGCACAUUCACAUGGGCAGCCCCGAGAGACACAUGGACAGCUCUGUGGAGCAGGUUAAAAUGCGCCUAUCAAUGGGUGGAAGAGGAGCCAGUGUGGGCUACAAUGAGCUACUGAUGGACUACAUCUGGGGGAAACAGCAGAGGAUGCAGGUGCAGCACCCCCUGUACCAGUCUACCGGAAGGAUCUGGCAAGACAUGUCCUCUCCUCGCUCCUCCACUGCAGCGGUGCCUCCUAAUGCCAACGGAUUCUCCCAUUCCCAGGUGCACCUUCCCAGUGCGGCACCUCCUUACAGCCCUAUGGUCCUCAGAGGCUCCGAAGCUGAGCUACGCAGGGUCAAAGUCACUAGGACCAAAUCUUGUGGGCCCUUUAUCCCUUUGCAGCAACAUGCCCAGGAUGGAAUCCUGCUCUCAGCCUACGAUUCCCCCCUUCCUGGAACAGGCACCACCACAUCCUCCAUUCCCAACCUGCACCCUUAUCAGACUGAUGUGUCUGGACCCUCCUUCAGCCGUAGACCCCCACAGUUUUCGCUUCCAACUCCAGAAGAUUCAACGAGAAGUCUGCAUAAAGCGCUUGCUCUGGAAGGACUUAGGGACUGGUACCUGAGGAAUGCUCUUGGCUACAACCCUGCUGCCUCAAAGAGCCACGAGGCAGGGAUUUCUCGUCUCUCACACCCGCAUCCUCUGGUGCACCAGGCCCAGUCUCUUCAUGGUGAAACAGCUAACCUCCAAAGGUCUCAGAUACCCCAGUCAGCCAGCUUCCACGGUCACCCACUGCAUGGACGGUCAGUGGAGUUUUCCCUCUAUCAGGAGACUCCAGAUCCACAGAUGCAAGAGGUGGCCCCAAAGGAGCCCAGCGCAGACCCAGGCACAUUGGUCUGAGGCAGCAGAAUACACCGACACAAGUAAACACACACCACAUUAUAUGAGCAAAGACACUGUAGCCUCACUUGACCUGCAUCAUGAAACAGAUACACAGCUGACACAAUGUGACCUCAAAAGCAAAACAAAACAUGGCAACCUCAGCAGAAUGAGAACGGAGUAAUAGAUGGAAUCUGUACUUUGAAUAAACUUUGGAAAGUUCCUAGAAUUCAAAGUCAACUUUAAACUUUGUGUUAUGUCGACGUGCACUGAAGCUGACUUUCAGAGCAUCGCGCACCAAUAUGGUCAUUCUGUAUUUCAUAUAUAAAUACUUCUGGUCCAGUAUAAGCAGCAACCAUCCCCCCCUCCCCGAAUAACCCCGAGAAGAUUCCCAAGAUAUAAUUUUUUUACAGAAUAUAUACGUCUCUCAAUGACUAUUUUCUAUCUUCUGAGAUAAUGACAGCUAUAUUAAUAAGUUAAUUUAUUGCUAAUUAAUAGUGUGAUAGAUGUUUCCAUCUCACUUCAUUUUUAAAAAAUUAUGACAUGCCAUUGAAUGUGUGUUUUUAAACUAUAAAAGACGCAAAAAAUCAUGCCUCAGUGCUUAUUUGUUGUUACAUGACCAUUUUGUCCUUUUAUGUUUUAUUUCCCAUCAUAUGUUUAAAAAAAAAUCAAAUUUGCCAUAGACUGUAGCUAGACAUGUGUAGACAGGAGUGCCUAAAUGUUUUAAUAUCUCAACUGAACCUUGGGUAGAAAACUUUGAAGUGCUAGCAUUGAGCCUCUGUGAGUUUUGUCUAAUCAAAAGCGGACUCCGUUUUAAGAUGUCACUCAAUUAGGAUCUUUCGAUUGAUACCUACUGGGUUUGUUUUUGGUUAGCUUUCUGCUUUCAGCUCAGCGCUGGAUUAUAAAUGUAGCUUUCUCUGUGCAAACGAUGACAGACCAAUUAAAUCAGCUGUAAAAAAGGAAAACAACAAACUUGGUUAGAGCUGCCGUAUGGCUGUAGCACAUGACUGCACAACAAAUAGCUGGAUUUAUUUGUGGAGAAUUUGAGUGUGAUUCAGAGCACUUUAUGAACAUCUUAAGCCUUAAUUCCCCAUGAAAUUGUCACCAAGAAAGCUUACGGGCAGCAGGAUAGAUCAGACAGGGUUUGUAGAAGGGCAAAUUUUAAGAAAUUGAGUUGUUUUUUUUCUCAUUUUACUGCUGGUAAACAUGAGUGUAAGUUUGUAUAUAGAGGGAAUUUUAAGUGGGAGUCCUAACAUUUUAUUUUCAUGCUAACAACAAAAUUAACCACAUAAUACUGUAUUUAAUCAAAAUGAUCUCCAGUAAUCCUUCCACCCCCAUGUGAGUGCUAGUUAACUGGUCGAUUAUUUGAACAAAACAGAACUGCUGCAGUAUAAAUGAUGGUGUGAGCAGGUCUCAUACCAUUACACUUAUUUCUAAGAAUUAAUGCUGAUAUUUGAAAAAACUCACUGCUUGUGGUAUUCUCAUUUUUUGGUCUCCUCCUUUUUAUAGAAAGUUUACUUUUAGUUUUUUCUCUUCAUGUUUAGAAUGAAUCUUAUUGGCGUAUUAAGAAAAGAAAAUGAAAAAAAUACAAAACGUCUUCAAUGGAAACCGAAAACAACUGUCACACAUUAUGUGGUAUAUUUUAUUGUCUUUUUUAACUUGAUUUUUAUCCAUUGUGUGACUAAUUUGAAUGUAACCUUUGAGACAUGUAUUCAGUGGUGUUUUUAUACUUGGUAACAAACUGUAGCACGCUGGACUAUUGUUACCCCUUUCCUUUUUCUGUCAUGGGUUCACAUCAUUUUAGUUUGCAGCUUCGCAAAGCUCCUUUCAGCUCGUUUAAAAUCUGAAAACAAAGACCAAACUGCUGUGCACUGGGGGUCAGAAAGGUAUUUUUCAUAUUAUGUACACUGUAAGUUCGAAAUAAAUUAUAUAAAUUUAGCUCUGAAGAUGUAUUCAAACUAUAUUAUAUUUAUGAACCUAUAACAUUUUGUAGCCAUCUACUGUAGCUCUUUAUCAACAGUUUGGGAAUUGCCAUUGUGUGUAAAAUAUUUCAUUCAGCAGCGUGAUGUGUUAAUAUUGGAUUAC